AUGAAGCCUUCUUUCCUUCAUCGUAUCAUGGCUCAAUUUGCAACUGUUCGUGGUGGCAAGGCUCACCCCGAAAUCAAGGUCCAAACCGGACUCUUCAUCAACAACGAGUUUGUCAGCUCUGCGGACUCGCAAGAAGUCAUUGACGCGGUCAAUCCUUUUACCGAACAAGUCCUGUGCUCAGUGGUAGCCGCCUCUCCCAAAGACAUCGAUCUUGCUGUCACCGCAGCUCGAAACGCGUUCAACACUACUUGGGGGAAGAAUGUCACCGGUUGGGAGCGCAGGAAACAAAUCAAUUUCUUUGUUCUCCAUCACUCAAGUUAUGGCCAGGAACUGGCAGAGCUUGAGACGCUCAAUAAUGGCAAGCCUUUCAAGAUCGCGCGGGACUUCGAUAUAGGUGACUCUGUCCAAUGCCUGCGCUACUUCGCUGGUUGGGCAGACAAAUUGGCUGGAGAGACCCUGGAGGUAGACAACAAGACUAAAUUCGCUUUUACCAAACGCGAGCCCAUCGGCGUUUGUGGCCAGAUUAUUCCCUGGAACUAUCCAAUCAACAUGUGGGCUUGGAAAGUGGGACCGGCGUUGGCAGCUGGAUGCACAAUCGUCAUGAAGCCCUCUGAACUUACGCCUCUAACUGCACUGAAACUUUCGGAGUAUGUCAAGGAAGCAGGGUUUCCUCCUGGAGUUCUGAAUACCGUACCGUCACUGGGUCCUGUUGGUGGUGCUGCAUUGUCGUCGCAUCUCGAUGUCGACAAGGUUGCUUUCACUGGAUCUACUCUGACUGGUCGCAAGAUCAUGGAGGCAGCAGCGCAAAGUAAUCUCAAGAAAGUAUCCCUUGAACUGGGCGGCAAGAGUCCGCAUCUCAUUUUCGAAUCGUGUGACGUUGAUCAGGCGGCGAGUUGGGCCGCUCUGGGGAUUUGUUAUAAUUCUGGUCAGGAUUGCACUGCUGGCUCGCGCGUCUACGUGCAAGAAAGCAUUAAAGACAAGUUCAUUGAAACGCUUGUUUCUAAGGUGAAAGCGCUCUCCGUUGGUGAUGGUUUAGACCAAAAAUCCUCUGCCGGCCCAUUGGUGUCCAAGGGUCAGUAUGAUCGCGUAUGGGGCUACAUCGAAUCCGGAAAGUCGGAAGGUGCCAAAGUGAUUUUGGGAGGGGACAAACGUUCGGGCAAAGGCUUCUUUGUCGAUCCAACUCUCUUCACGGACAUCCAACCCAACAUGAAGAUCGUUCAAGAAGAAGUGCAGAUCGGUGUCCUUAUUUUCGGACCGGUUUUGUGUAUCGGAACUUUUGCGACCGAAGAGGAGGCGAUCAAGCUUGCCAAUGCUACAACUUUUGGGCUAGGUGCCGGUUUACAUUCCAACGAUGCGAACCAAUGCAUGAGAGUGUCUUCUGCCCUUGAGGCGGGCACUGUUUGGGUCAACGCGUACAACAUUCUCAGCAAUAACACGCCAUUCGGCGGCAAGAAGCAAUCCGGUUUCGGUCGCGAGUUGGGUAGUCUUGCCCUGGAGGAAUACACAAGUACCAAGGCCGUCCACUGGAAUUUUGGCGAGAAAUUGGAUUGGCCAGCUUUCUAA